CUGCAGACAUUGGGAGUUUUCAGAGCUGCUGUCGCAGGACGCAAAGAAGCCUUUACUCUCCUUUCAGGGGGCUCAAGAUUGCCUACACUGUUGCCUGUAGGCACGUGGUUUUUUUGUUUUUUGUUUUUUGUUUUAACCUCAAACCACCCCUGAUCCCCCCGUUUAUCUUCCUGGUGCCGGAGAGUCGACGGAGAUGGGGACACUGGACGGGAACUAGGGUUUUGCGUCCCCUUAGGCAAGCCAAAUACAGAAGAGCGAGAAGAGAGAGCCAAGACUGCCAGGCGCUGAAAGGGAGAAACUGGAUGAGAAGAGAGAAGGCGACACAGGAGAGAACCAGCCUUCCGGCGGCUACCGGCCUUAUAACACCCCCCCGACCAAGCUGUGCAGCCAGUGAGCCGCGGGUUACCACGGCAACCGUGAGGUCUCGCGAGACCGGCGUUGCGCCUGCGCACUGCCGCUGUAGGGCUGCGUCCUGAGCCUCCCAGCCACAUUCCCGGACUCAGGGCUUUUAUAGUUCGGUCUUCGCGAAGCUGUGGGCCGACUCUCUAUUGUGAGUGACAAGGCAAUUCUAUAGGAAUUUUGUGAGAAUCAAGUAAUAGAUGGAGAAAAUGCCUUCUAUGUUCUGACACACUCCACAAAGACACCUGCUCUUUACCUGGAAAGAUUUUCAGAAUGGCUGCAGCCCCUCAAGCACCGGGGAGGGGCUCUGUUCGGAAGACAAGACCUUUAACGGUAAAGACAGCGCUGAACAACCCAUAUGCUAUCUGCUGGAGUGCACUAGAGAGAGAAGACAUGCACUUUAUAUUACACACCCUUGAAGACAGAUUUAAAUCGCUUGGGCUUCAGAAGACUGAGGAUAAGAAGAAAAAGAAAAAACCGUUUUUAAAAAAACAAAGCCCAGACAAAUGUAGCACAGAGGUUGAUACGAGUGAGGGUCAGAAGGAGGAACCACCAGGAGAUAAUGAGCAAGGGUCAGGGUGGACUCCUGUCCACAUCAGGAAGCAGCUGACCAUUGGCGUUAAUGAGGUUACCAGAGCUCUGGAAAAGAAUGGGCUGCUGCUGGUCCUAGUGUGUAAGUCAGCCAAGCCCGCGCUCAUUACCUCACACCUGAUUCAGUUAAGUUUGAGCAGAUCCGUUCCUGCUUGUCAGGUUCCCCGUCUCAGCGAGACACUUGCACCUGUCAUUGGCUUAAAAUGUAUCCUGGCCUUGGGGUUCAGAAAGGACACCACUGCCUUUGUUGAUGAAGUCAAAGCCAUAAUUCCCCGAGUACCCAGUUUACACGUACCAUGGCUUCAAGGCAGACUGGAAGACUCCAGGGAAAAACCAGACACUGAAUCUUUGGAAAGCCAAGACAAAGAGAUUUUGGAAACUUCCUUUGAAGACCUCUCUAAACAUAAAAGGAAGCUUGCUGAAGGUCAGCAGGCUGUUGUGUUACAGCCCCUGAAAAUAAAGAAAGUGAUUCCAAACCCCAAUAAGAUAAGGAAACCACCCAAAGGUAAAAAAACGACUUCAAAGUAAUCUAUAAACUUGUCAUUUCGUGUAGUUGUAAAACAACACUUCGUAAAGAAGCCUUAAAACUAAUAAAAUGUGUUAUUUUUACAUAUAUUCUUGGGGUACUUUUAGUAACAUUCCUUUCAUAGGUGUGAGACUGUAUAAAUAGGCUGACACUUAAAAACACUUAAGUGCAGAAAAUAUUCAAAAGUACGAAUAUCAGGGGCGCCUGGGUGGCUCAGUUGGUUAAGCGACUGCCUUCGGCUCAGGUCAUGAUCCCAGGGUCCUGGGAUCGAGUCCCACAUCGGGCUCCCAGCUCGGCGGGGAGCCUGUUUCUCCCUCUGACCCUCUCCUCUCUCAUGCUGUUUCUCUCUCGCUUGCUCUCUAAUAAAUAAAUAAAGUCUUAAAAAAAAAAAAAAAGUAUGAAUAUCAAAACAAAAGUUUAUUGAAACUAAUGUCCAUGC